UUGACUGUAAUGUAUCUUAGGGGCAUCUAACUUAUAAAAAUAUUUGUUGGUUAGCUUUGUUAGUGGAAAAAUGAGGAAGUUGGACUUUUGAGAAAAAUAUACUGGACCAGGAAAAUUUAAAUGGAGAAGAGUGGAUUUGUUGCUUUUUUUUUUUAGCAUAUGUAAAAUGUAAUCUCGUUUAUAAAGUCAUAGGUAUAUUAAGUGCUAAAAUGUUCUCUAAACAUGUCCCAGUAUGAUAGUAUGGCAGAGAAAUGCCCCCUAGCAGGUGGCAAGGUGGCCUUAGCUAAACCUUUGCAAAUUCAGGAGUCCCCAUAGUAGCUUUCUGUCUCUUAGGCUACAAUGUGUAGCACCCUUUCCUGUGGAUUAGAACUUUUUUAGUUGUAUUUUGAAAAAAUUUCUAACUUAAAGAACAGUUGUAAGAAUCUGAAUUUCUACAUACCCCUUUGUCUAGAUGUACCAAAUGUUAACGUUUUGCAACAUUCACUUUACCAUUCUCUCUAUAGUAAUAUUACUUAUUUUUGCUCAGUGAUUUGAGAGUAGGUUGCAGACAUCUUGGACCUUUACUCCUAAGUACAUUAGCAUGUAUUUCCUAAAAACAAAGAUGUUCUCUUACCUACUAGACAUAGUAUAAUGAUUAAAUUUAGGAAGUAUAACAUUCAAUAGUAUUACCUAACAUCCAGUUUACAUUAAAAUUUUUGCAGAUUGUCUCUAAAAUGUCUUUUGUAGUGACUUUUUUCAAAUACAAGAUCAUGCAUUAGCUUUAGUUAUGUAAGUUAUGUUGCUUUGGAAGAUGUCACUUCUGUUCAGAAAUAGAGGCUAUCUUUUUGACUCAUCUCUUGCAAGCUUUGUUGAAGGACAAAAAGACAUUAGGAAUUUCAGGGUAGCUGAUGGCUUGAAAACCAAAUUGCCCAGGUAAGAGGGCCUUUGUAUUUUUAAUUUUGAAAACUUUAGCUGAGUUUUGGUGUCUUGACUCAGCAAAGUCUAUAAUGCAGCAAGGCUUGGUAAGCAUUAAAUUGGGUACCGAAGCUUUCCUUUAUUUCAUAAUCCCAGUUGUUUUUCUAGAAACCGUCAAUAGACUCUAAAUGACUGACUCAAUUUUUGGAUCCUAUUCUCAUGACUAAGCAAAUGUUUGAUUUGAAACCAGCCCAGUAUAAAUGUCUCUGUGCCUCUAACUCUGUAGCUAUUCCUGGAUUUCAGCAUUGGGGAAACCGAUCUAUGCACCAAAAAUGUCUAAAACUGGAACCAAGAUUACUUUCUAUGAAGACAAAAAUUUUCAAGGCCGCCACUAUGACUGUGAUUGCGACUGUGCAGAUUUCCACAUGUACCUGAAUCGCUGUAACUCCAUUAGGGUGGAAGGAGGUACCUGGGCUGUGUAUGAGAGGCCCAAUUUUGCUGGGUACAUGUACAUCUUACCUCGGGGCGAGUACCCCGAAUACCAGCAUUGGAUGGGCCUCAACGACCGCCUCAGCUCCUGCAGAGCUGUUCAUCUGUCUAGCGGAGGCCAGUAUAAGAUUCAGAUCUUUGAGAAAGGGGAUUUUAAUGGUCAGAUGUAUGAAACCUCUGAAGAUUGUCCUUCCAUAAUGGAGCAAUUUCACAUGCGAGAGGUCCACUCCUGUAAGGUGCUGGAGGGUGCCUGGAUUUUCUACGAGCUACCCAACUACCGUGGCAGGCAGUACCUCCUGGACAAGAAGGAGUACCGGAAGCCCAUGGAAUGGGGUGCAGCUUCCCCAGCUAUCCAGUCUUUCCGCCGUGUUGUGGAGUAAUGACAUGGGAGGGGCCAUAAGCUUCUAACUGGGGGCUAAAUGCUGGCUGGCUUUGUCACCCAAAUAGGCAUCAUAAAUAAAACAAUUGGCAUGCAUUCCACUGUUGACUGUAAUGCCUCUCCUUAAAUACUUUUAGGGACUAGUAAAAUAAUGCCCGCCACAGUGGGAAGUUACACAAAGCAGCUCAGCUUUCAGACUACCAGCCUAUAGCUUUGUGUCAAACAAAAUGGGACUUCAUUAAAAGGUUAGAAAAUCA